AUGUCUAGCGAGUUCUACCGAGCUAACAGCACCUGUGUUACGGGCGAUUUGGUUGAUUUCGUUGGCCAAAACAUUUUCAAUUAUUUCAGCAACGGAGAAGAAUUUUUCUUCAAGCCUCCUGUUAUAAAUUUCUUGAAUGACAAUACAAUGGCUACGAAUGGAUCCAAGUUAGAAUCUCCAUUGUAUGUCUACCAGGGUAUUCCUGAUCAAAUUGCCAUUGUCGGCGAGGUUGACAAGGCCAUCGAUAGAUAUUGUGCUGCUGGGUCUGAGUCUAUUCAGUACAACAAAGAUCCUAAUACUGAUCAUACUGGCACUGCCGCUGCUGGUGAUGAGUUUGCUGUUGAAUGGCUCAAAGAUAUUCUCGAAAAUAACAGCAAGCCUGUUUCUGGUUGUGUCACUAUAACCACUGCCUUUGGAAAUAGUUCUGCUGGAGCCACCACUGCUGCUGGAAAUUCCACUGCCUCUGCCACUGGUGCCAAUGGUGGUAACAAUGUUACAGCCACCGCCAGCGCUACAGCUGGUGAAUCUGGUGCUGCCACUGGUUCUGCUUCCGGCGCUUCCUCUGGUACUUCCCCUCAAACCGGCAGCGCUUCAAUGAUGCUGACCAACUCUGUACUUGCCAUUACCAUGUUCGCUGCUGGACUUGCUCUAAGCUUCUAG